UGCCGAGGUAGGUCUGUGCGCACGCACCUCUUGCCUCACUAAGAACGACCCCACAAUCUUUCGUUUACCACAGUAAGCUCCCAUAGAAAGUCAGAGUGUCCGUUAUCUACAUACCAUAAUAAGGUCAAUAAACUUUUGUUCAAUUGAUCUUCCCAGGCGGCUCACCAACCUGCCUUGGCAACUGCUGCACUUCAUUAUCUUUACAUGUAGCUAUCUAACCUGCAUCUUUAUCUCCUUUGCAAUGGACAUCGAUGUUCAGGGUCAAGACGCCAUUGACGUCCACAAGCCUUUUACAAAGGCAGAGCGCAUCCAGCAGCUUGCUGAGAUCGAUAACGACAUCACCCUCCUCCUCACCCACACCGGCAAGGCAAUCCAGUCCCUCGCCCAGCCCACCACCCCCGACAACGCAGACGGGGACAGCGCCAGCGCUCCCGACGCCUCGACCUCGACCGCCAACCCCGCCGAGCCAGGCGCCGCCGCCGCGCCGCCGCCGGCACUCGACCCAGAAGAGCGCCUCGAGUCCUUCAAGGCGGCCAUGAACGCCUUCAUGAGCGCCCUGCACUCGGUCGACGUCCGGCUGAAGCGGCAGAUCUGGGGGCUCGAGGAGGCGGGCAUCGUCACGCUCAGGGGUGCCGACCGGCGCGAGCAGGUGGCCGAGGGGGGCGGCGCCGGGUCCGCGGGUCCAGGGGGCGGACCUGCCGGGGCGGGGGGCGUCGGCGGAAGUGCUGGCGGUCCCGGGAAGGGCAGUCUGGAGCCCAACGGGGUCGGCAAUAUGGGUGUCCUGGAUGUGGGCUGGCUGAACGCGCGGAGUAACAAGGUGGAGAGGGUCAUGGAGAGCGAGCUGUGGGCGGGGGCAAGGCAGCAUCUGGAGGGGAUUGUUGAGGGGAGGAUUAGGACAGGUGGUUCAGGCGUCGGCUUGGGUCUUGCGGACAGUGGUCCGAGUGGAGGGGAUGAUAUGGAAGGCUGAGCUGAUGGUCCUUGGCUCGCGACCCAAGGCACUUUUCACUGCCAGCCAUUUGAAACAGAGAGGACAAGCGCCUAUGGCAUGAGAUCUACGAGUUGUGCUGAAGCUUGACGCUUGCCCAUGCUUGACUUGGGAAUUACGACUGGCUGAGAGCUUCAAUGGGUCCUACACGUUGUCGAGCUAGCCAA